AUGGCGUGUGAUCUCAACGAGACGUGGACGGAUUGUUUCUCGGAGUUCCAGUCGCUUCUCGCGGCGGCGGCGGCCCCGUGGCGGUGUUUCGCCCUCGCCGGCGUGAACAAAGAGGCGAUGCUCAGCGCCCCGGAGUUGAUGGACGCCAAGACGGACCCGGGCUGCGGCUACGGCCCCAUCCGCUCCCUCAACGCCCUUCUCCAGGAGGGCGAGAUCCCCUCCGCGGCCACUCUGCAGGGAGAGGCGCUGUUGGAUGUGAUGGAUAUCAUUCAUCAGCGGGAAUUGCAGUAUUUGCAGGGAUACGCCCUCACAUCGGGAGUUCUGGCAUUUCCAUACUUCUUUCGAAUGAAUCUCCUGCAGGAGCAGAACUCCACUUUACAUGCCUACUGCAGAGGAGUGGCGCGAUGUGUGGAAAUGACCAUGCGGGCCGUCAUGACAACACGGGUCCACAGUGAUGAGGAGUUCGUGCCGUGGAUAAAGGAACUGGAUCGUGAGGAACACAUCACAGAUGAUCAAAUUUUAUGUGAAUUGGAAGAAGCCGCAUGUAAGGCAGAAUCUUUUCCUGCCAUUGCCGCACGUUUACGUUGGCGGAAACACUUUCUUGCGACACUUAAACUAUUUGUAACGGGUUCAAAGAAGUUAGAUACAGAGACGGCGUGUGAUAUUGCCAAGGAGGGAUUGGAUUUAUUAAAUUCUACCGUGUAUGAACGUGAGAGUGAACCUGUGCAGGAUAACAGAUUCUUUCGGGAUACAGAAGUGGCAUAUUGGGCAAGUACAUUUACACCAACAAAACCUAUUCCCUGUAUGCCUUUUAAAGAGGCGAUGCAGAUGUAUAAAAUACUUCUCACACAAUUGGCUUCAUUAAAGGAAUUACUCAGUAUGCCUUCUCUUCAAUCGAUUAUGGAGUUUGUGGAAUCACUGGGAGCACAGAAGCCAUUAUUACCUGUACGAUCUAUUGCUGUUAUUGUACUCUUCCGUAAUGAUCCAAGUGAGUCUUUCCUGCAUGGUCCAUCACUCCUACAUCGUGUAUUGGAAGAAUUGGCAGCUGAACAUGGAGCCCCAUUGUAUCUAAAGAUAUUUGAUGCUGAUGAAGAACUACUGGAAGGGGUUAUUAAGUACCGUAUUCAUAAAACAAUGGAUCCACUUAAAAUCACACCUGAACAGACUAUGUAUUUACGACAUCAAACAGUGGAAUCUGUACGUCGUUGGGCAGUGGAGAUGUCUAAAGCGUAUUUAAUUCAUAUGGAAACUAUGCUCUGUAAUCGUGGUUUGGCUCAUCGUCGAAUUAUGAAUGCCUUACCCCAAUUGGGAUCAUUACAGGAAAUGGCUUACUCUACCGAUACUUCUAUUUUUCUCGCCACUAUUCCUGCCGUUUCUGCAGAGAUGGAACAAGAGGCUAUUAAACGUAUGCCAGUACUUGCCAUGUACACAAAUCAACAUGUCUUACGUGUGAUGGAGUUACUCUUUUCACUUUCAUUGGAAUUGGAUCUCUUUACACAGGGUGAACUUAUUCCUGCACUUUGGUAUCUUAACUUUACACAACGGGCACAAUUGGAGAAUCUCGCCUUAUUGUCUCCUCCAAGUUCCUCCAUGAUUCCAGAAACACGUAUUAAUCGCCGAACGAAAGUACCUCUAUACAAUCUCGCCUUAACCACACGCAACGUUGCUCAUCCAGAUACCAUACGUCUUGCCCUUCUUGAGGCUACUCGCAUGAUUGCAGAUGCUGUAUUUGUGGCUGCGUGUAUGAUGGAGUCUAGAGGACUCAUUGACUUGAGUAGUGCGGCCAAACACUCUCUUGUUACCGUGGAAAGUAUAUUUAAUCAUCGCAUGAGUUGUCUUAAACAUAUUCGAAGUCCACCCUUUAAACCAUACGCUCGAUGUAUUGCAGCAAAACCGGAUUUCAGCGCUGGGGAUAACACAAAUCCAGUGAAACUCUCACUUUAUGCCCAAAAAACUGGAGAAAUUGCUGUGGGUGCGGCGGAAAGACUUAAACAAAUUCUCCACUCAAAGGAUUUACUUCCAUUACGUAAAAAGGCUAUUCAAUCACAUCUUGAGGGAAUGGAAAGAACAGCUAGAGCUGUGGGGGCAUCAUUGGCGGCUUUCGCUGCAGUCUGUGAUGAUGAGGAAGCACUAAAGGGAUACACAGUCACUGUGGAGCGACCAUUUCUCCCAUCGAUGCCUUGCUUUACUCUACGUAAGAAGGAGACAAAGUAA